AUGACCGAAAAACCUUAUGGUUUCAAGCCAUCAGAGAUGGCGACUGGAGCAGGUCAAGUCGUCGGAGAUGGUGACCGGAGUAAGCCAGUUUGCAAUAGAAUCAGGAGCAACAUCGUUCCUCCUUCAUUACCAUUCUCAAGACUCAUUCAUUCACUGCAAUUUGCCACUGUUAAAGCAGAAGAGAUAUCAGGCUCUAAGCCUGCUCAAGUACAGAACUUGGUCCAGGGAAAAUGGAUGACAUCCAGCAACUGGAAUACGAUUGUAGAUCCUGUAAACGGGGAAUCAUUCAUUAAAGUUUCAGAAGUAGAUGAAAGCGAAAUCAAGCCUUUUGUGGAGAGCUUAUCUAAGUGCCCCAAACAUGGCCUGCACAAUCCAUUCAAAUCCCCAGAGAGGUACCUUUUAUAUGGAGAUGUAUCUGCAAAAGCAGGCCAUAUGCUUUCCCUGCCUGAGGUUUCUGAUUUCUUUACCAAGUUAAUACAACGGGUGUCGCCAAAGAGUUACCAGCAGGCUUUUGGUGAAGUUUAUGUUGCACAAAAGUUUCUGGAGAACUUUUCCAGUGAUCAGGUACGUUUUCUGGCGAGGUCUUUUGCUGUUCCUGGGAAUCAUCUUGGGCAACAAAGUCAUGGGUUCCGCUGGCCUUAUGGCCCUGUGGCAUUGAUUACACCAUUCAAUUUCCCUCUAGAGAUUCCUGUACUCCAGUUGAUGGGAGCACUUUACAUGGGCAACAAGCCUGUCCUUAAAGUUGAUAGCAAAGUAUGCAUUGUUAUGGAACAAAUGCUUCGGUUGCUCCAUGAUUGUGGGAUGCCUGUGGAGGAUGUUGACUUCAUCAAUUCUGAUGGGAAAACAAUGAACAAACUACUGUUAGAGGCAAAUCCACGAAUGACACUCUUUACGGGUAGCUCAAGGGUAGCAAAUAAGUUGGCUGAUGAUCUGAACGGGAAAGUUAAAUUAGAAGAUGCAGGAUUUGAUUGGAAGAUCCUUGGGCCUGAUGUUCAUGAGGUGGACUAUGUUUCAUGGGUAUGUGAUCAAGAUGCAUAUGCAUGUAGUGGUCAGAAAUGCUCAGCACAGUCAUUGUUAUUUAUGCAUGAGAACUGGAGCAAAACCUCACUCUUACGUCAAUUGACUGACCUUGCCGGGAGGAGGAGGCUUGAUAAUUUGACUAUAGGCCCAGUUCUUACCUACACAACAGAAGCAAUGCUAGACCACAAGAACAAUUUGCUUCAAAUUCCAGGAUCAAAGCUACUUUUUGGUGGGGAAGAGUUGGAAAAUCAUUCUAUUCCUAAAAUAUACGGUGCCAUAAAGCCAACAGCUGUAUUUGUUCCACUUGAACAAAUAAUCAAGACCGAAUAUUAUGAUCUUGUUACAAAAGAAAUAUUUGGGCCAUUCCAGAUUAUUACCGAGUACAAAGACAAUCAACUCCCGAUUGUGUUGGCUGUUCUUGAAAAGAUGCAUGCACAUUUAACUGCUGCUGUCGUCUCUAACGAUCCUUUGUUUAUUCAGGAAAUUGUUGGUAAAAGCGUAAAUGGAACGAGUUAUGUUGGACUUAGAGCAAGAACGACAGGGGCGCCACAGAAUCAUUGGUUUGGACCAGCUGGAGAUCCAAGAGGAGCAGGAAUAGGGACUCCUGAAGCAAUAAAACUUGUGUGGUCUUGUCAUAGAGAAGUCAUAUAUGAUUUUGGUCCAGUUCCUCAAAAUUGGCAAAUCCCACCUUCUACUUGACUAAAACCCACAUAUAUAUACAUAUACAUACAUACUUUUGAUUGAUUAUGUUUAUGUGAAUGCCCAUCCUUUAUCUACCUAGUUUCAGGAGCCAACUAUAGAAACACUUGGUUCCUAAACUCAUAAUAGAUUUUGAUACUUGAGAUUCCUUUUACUAAGAGGUUUGUUUGUGAAGGAUUAUUUGUUAAGCCAUAUAAUGUCAUUGUCUGUUUACGGCUUCAUCAGUUGGCCAUUACUCUCUUUGCUAUUUUUAUGAAUCUUUUGAUAGAUGAAUAUAACUUGGAAAAAAUUGGAAUG